UUUAUUUGAAUUAAAUUAAUCCAUGUUCUACUACUGAUGACUAAAUAAUGGAAUGUGGUGGAAACAGAUUUUUUGUGAUGAUAGAAUUCGGAUUUAGACACCUGUGCUAGGGUGAAUAGAAUUCUUCCGUGCAUCUGUUUAUCAGAGCAGAAUUCCCUGGAAGUGCGCUCAGCGCUCACGUGACUUGACACGAGGAGUCAUGUCUUUAAAAGUCGCUUGUUGUACAGCAGCACACAGAACACGCCUCGACCAGCUCAGCGAUCACUUCGCACGGAAACACAGUGCCUCAGCAUGUCUCCAAAUGAAGAUCUGGAGUGUGUGGUGUGUUUCCACCACUACUCGCGCAGACAACGUGUCCCACGUCUGCUGCACUGCGGCCACACUUUCUGCGCCACUUGCCUGGAGAAACUGUCCAAUGUAGACGGCGUGAUCCGGACUAUCUGCUGCCCCCUGUGCCGCUGGAUCACCUGCACUCGUGCCAGUCUGACCCUGCCGGGGGCUUUGUGGGUCAACACCGAAAUCUGGGAUCAAAUGCAAGAGAAAGAGCAGAAGAGGACAAGGGCAAAGGAGGAUUCAGGGGAGGAUAUGGACAAGCGGCUCAUCAGGCCAAUGGCCUUGGAUUCAAAUCAAAUUGCUCUCAAGUCGACAUUCCAAAAAAUGUUCAACUGUAUCACCGUGCAAGAGCAGCAUUUGCAGGCCUGCUGAUGUUUCCGUUGUCUUCUGCCGUUCAUCUGGACCAAGCCAACGUUGUUAUAUAUAUUUUGUAUAUAUUGAAUGUACAUAUAGUUUUGGAGAAACUGAGCGGCUGUAAAAAAAAAAAAAAAAACACACACACACACACAUUUGCACUGUAAAGCUGUUUUGUCCUUUUUAUUUAUACAUGUUUUAUAUUUUCUCAUUCAUUUUUUUCAUUUUCAUUUGUUUCGUCAUCAUCAGUUUCAUUCAUCAAACAGUUUGUUGUCUGUAAGAGGAAGGAAAUUUCAUCGGUGCU